UUCGAAGAAAGUAGAGUUUAAUUUUUGUUUUAAAAAUGAAAGCGAGUUUAGUAUUUUUAGUUGGUUUAACCAUCGUUUUGAACUUAGCAGCUGCUCGUUCUCCACCACGUAUAUCUCAUCCUACUCCAAAAGAACUUGAUACUGAGGAUGUCAUUUCAAAUGGUGAACCUGGAGCUACUGUUGAAAAUGUAGACCCUGCGAAACUCUCUUCUCUUUUCUUCAGAAAAUUUCCAUUGAAAACACCUCCAAAGGCAUUAACACAACCUAAGCUUCCAUCUUCAGCUGAAAUUUCUGUAGAUCCAAUUAGAAUACAUCCUAAACCAUUGACACAACCUAAGCUUCCACCUCAGAUUGCUGUAGAUCCAAUCAGACCUCCCAGGCCAUUAACACAACCUAAACUUCCUCAAGCUGAAAUUGCUGUUGACCCAGUUCCAAGCACCGACGAUUUGUAAA